AUGCUACAAGCUACAAACUCAUCUUUCCUGGUGGAGGCAGAUUUGAAGGAGUACUGUUAUCCUGAGUCUAAUGUGUCUUGUGUGAGAAGCUUUUACAGUGUAGCGGCUCAAUCUGUGUUAUAUGUUUUACUGGUGUUGGCGAUGUCAGUGACCAUUCUAGGGAACUCAGUGGUCAUCAUCUCCAUUGCGCAUUUCAAACAACUUCACACGCCCACCAACAUGCUGGUGAUGUCUCUAGCCCUGGCGGACCUGUUGCUGGGUGUGAUUGUUAUGCCGUUCAGCAUGAUCCGAUCUGUGGAUGGGUGCUGGUACUUUGGAGAGGCUUUCUGUUUAUUGCACUCUAGUUUUGACAUGCUCCUCACCACUGCCUCUAUUUUCCACCUGAUCUGCAUUUCAGUAGACCGAUAUCAAGCUGUGUGCCAUCCGCUUCAAUACCCGACAAGGAUAACCAUACCUACAGCAUGGCUGAUGGUCGCUGUGAGCUGGAUUACAGCCGCAGGGUAUUCUUACGGUCUCAUGUAUUCAAAGGCAAAUGUAGAAAAUCUGGAUGAGUACAUUGAAUCAAUAUCUUGCAUGGGAAGUUGUAACAUUUUGUUUAAUACACUGUGGGGGCCUCUGGAUGUAUUGUUAUGUUUCCUUCUGCCUUGCACAGUCAUGUUUUGCUUGUAUGCUCAAAUUUUUUUGGUUUCAAAAAGACACGCAAGGAAAAUUGAGGGAACAAAGCAGAGCAAAACUGAGACGAGCUUAAAUAACAUUUCCCAAAGCAUGAAACGUGAGAACAAGGCAGCGAAAACCCUCGGCAUUGUUGUAGGCACAUUUAUUUUUUGCUGGAUACCGUUUUUUAUCAACUCUAUAAUUGACCCUUACAUUAACUUCUCCACUCCUGUGGUACUUUUUGAAGUGUUUGUCUGGUUGUCUUACAUUAAUUCAACUUUAAAUCCCAUAAUAUAUGGCCGCUUUUCCCCCUGGUUCAGGAAAUGUCUCUAUCUCAUUGUUACACUGAGAAUAUUUGCCCCUCAUUCCUCUGACACUAAUGUCUUUGCAGCUUGA